AUGCAAAAAUUUUGUCAAAAACACGAUAAGUCUAUUGACUAGACCCGUAGUACGAACGUCCCAAUCACUUUAGACCUACUUCAUAUUUUGAUAUUCCUUGUUGAUCUCUCGUUAUUUUGCGACAAACCGUGUUAAUGGUAUGGCAAGAGCUAACACAAUCUUCGACUCGGCCCACAAAGGUGACUUCGAGCUUGUAAAAAGCAAAUUGGACGAAGACCCCUCUCUUCUAACCAAACUAGAUGAGAAUGACAGAAAUUUGCUACACUGGGUUUGCGUUGGGGGCAAUUUUAAACUCGCCACACACUUAAUUGACCUGGGGGCCCCCAUUGACGCCCGUGACGACACCGACACAACCCCCUUAAUUCUGGCAAGUUCGGCCGGUCAUUGCGAAAUCGUGAGUCUCUUGCUUGAGAAGGGGGCCAAUGUGAAUCAGCAGUCAAGCGAGGGGCACUCUGCCCUUCAAUAUGCCGCUUCUAAAGGCUGGUUUUCUAUUUGUGCCAAAUUGGUCGAACACAAGGCCAAUGUUAACAUAAGUGAUAAACGGGGGGCCACUCCGUUACACAGGGCUGCCUCCAAGGGGAACCUAGAGAUUGUGAGACUGUUGAUUGAAAGUCCGCAACACUUGAAUAUAAACGCGCGAGAUGUUUAUGGGUUUACGCCGCUCCAUUUGGCCUGUGAGGAGGAUAGACAAGAUGUCGCCAAGUUGUUGGUGCAAAAUGGGGGCGACUUGGAUACGAAAAAUCGCGACGGGCAGACGCCCCUUGAUUUGUGUACAAUGCAUUUGAGAAAAGCGCUCGAAAUUAUCAAAUCGAAGAUACAAUAAUUUUGGUUUUAAUAAAGUAGUGAAAGCGAA